AUGGCUCAACAACAACUUGAUGAUGAACAGCUGAAUCUCAUCAUCGAUAAGAAGACAUUUAUUGACCAGAUGGAACAUUUUUCUCAUUGGUAUUGUGAUUGGAAUGUUGUUUCACAAGAAGAAUUAACAAAGAAUUCGAGUAGAUUAGAUUCCAUCCAUUCAACUCAUUCAACAAGUCAAAGACAUGGUAUUCAAGAUGUCCAUGAAUCACAAAUUUACAAAAUUCAAAAUCACAUGUAUUUUCAUUUGGUACGAGAUGAUGAUGAAAUGACCACUACGAUCAAUACCACCACCACCACCACCACCACCACCACGGAUGAUGACACUAUUAAGGAUGAGAAAGAAGAGAAGACAUCAUCAUCAUCUUCAACCAACAACCAUUCCAACGUUGGUACUCUCCUUAUUGAAGAAGAUCAUUUUGAAAGAAAGACAUUUUGUUCAUUUGAGGUGAUGAUGAAGAACACUACAAGUGAUGAUGCUGUUCUCUCCAUGAUGAAUAUUCACCCCAAAACAACAACAACAACAACAAGGAUUCGAUAUUUCAAACGUUCGAAUCAUGGUGGUGAUGGUGGUGAGGCUAGUGAGGGUAGUCAUUGUGAUCCAUCCAUGUCCACUUGUCGUAGUGUCACUAUUGAUCCUACUUCUACUACUCCUAGUACUACUUCAAGAACAACAACAACAACCACUCCAUUCAAUAGUAAUGAUCAUGAGGAUACCUUGUUUACCAUUCACAUUCCUCAUACUCAUACUCAACUCAUCGUUCUCAAAUCCAUACUUUCCACUUAUAGCAAAGUAUUUGAGAAUAUGUUUCGAAGUGAAAUGAUUGAAUCCCAAAAUAAUGAAAUGACUCUUGAUUCAAGUCACAUGAUGAUCAAUUACACAACCAUGAUGAAUCAUGAGGUAAAUACAGACAUGAUUCAAUCUUUUGAACAAAUGAUUCAUUUCAUUCAUACUGGAUAUUUGGGAGAAUCAAAUUACAGAUAUGUGAUGAUGAAAUAUAUGAAGAAUAAUAACCCAUCAUCAUCAUCAUGCUCACUCUCCAUGAUGAACAAUAACACAUCACUACAACAACAACAUGCUCAUCAUCAUUCUCUCAUCAAAAUCAAAGAUUUAAUUUCAUUAUUACAAAUUGCAGAUGAAUAUCAAGUCGAAUCACUCACAAGAGCCAUUUCACAUGUAUUGAAUGAUUACAAUGCAUCUUCCAUUGCAUUUGCAUGUUUAGAAUUAUCAGAAGAUACAAAGAAUAUCAUCCUUCCAAAAGCAUGUCAAGUAUUGGCCAAGAAUUUACCAUGUAUAGUUGCAGAUCAUAUUUUUAAUCAUUUCAGAGAUGCAACUACCACAAAUACCACCACAAAUACCACCACAAAUACCACCACAGAUCCAACCCACAUCAUGGAUUCAACUAGCACAACCACAAAUACCACCACAAAUACCACCACAAAUACCACCACAAAUACCACCACAAAUACCACCACAGAUCCAAUCAGUGAUCAUCAGAAUAUGGACAUCAACAACAACAAUACAACCACCAUGACCAGCACUACCACUUCUUGUCUUUUCUCUCUCUUAUCACAAGAAGAAUUACAACUUGCUUCUACGACUGAACAUUUAUUGACGAGUAGAGCCAAAGAUAGUGACUAUGAAUCAAUUCUAGAAUUAGUUUCUCAAGAAUAUCCUUUCAUUAGACAAUAUAUUCCUGAUCAAUUUAAAUUAGAAAUUACUCGAUUGGUAUUAUUAUUGAAAUUUAAUAUCAAAUUUAGAGUAAUUUCAUCACUACCCUAUGAAAUGAUGAAUUAUAUUCUACAAUCAGAAUUCAUGACAUUAUCACCUGAAAAUAUUGGUAUUUUAAUUGCCUCAUGGAUGUUGUAUGAUUAUGAGAAUCGAUUUUAUCAGAGUUCAAAAUUAUUAACUUGUUAUUUAGAUUGGACCAAUUGUCAAAGUGGAUUAUUGUAUGCAAUUAUUUAUAAUUUAUUUAUAUUGGGUGUUGGAAAUUAUCUGAAAAGAAUGAUUGGUUGUACAAGUCAUAUUUGUGGUGGUAAUGGUGGUCCUGUUGAUGAUGGUUCUAGUAAUAAUAAUAAUAAUAAUGGUGGUAAUCAUGGUGGUGAUGGCAAUGAUCAUGACACGUUAUCAUCCAUGAUUGAGGAUUUAAAAGAUCGUCUCAUUAUGACUCUCUUUAAAUUGAAUGGUACCAUUUCCAGUGAUGAUUGGAACAAGUUUGGUUUGGAUUCCAAAUAUGGUAUGGGUGAUACCCCAAGACCAAAAUUCAAGAGAGAAUUGAGAGCACUCAUGAUAGGAUUAGAUGCAUCAGGUAAAACAACCAUUCUCUACAAGUAUAAAUUAGGUGAAAUGGUUACAACCAUUCCAACCAUUGGAUUUAAUGUAGAAACAGUUCAAUUUAAACAUUAUGAAAUUACAAUGUGGGAUGUUGGUGGUGGUGAUAAAAUUCGACCCUUAUGGAGACACUAUUUCCAAAAUACAGAUGUGGUCAUUUUCGUGAUUGAUUCCAAUGAUAGAGAAAGAUUGAAAGAAGCCAGUGAAGAUUUUCAUAGAUAUUUGGCUAAUCAAGAUGAAUUAGAAAAUGCUGCUUUCCUUAUUUUGGCCAACAAACAAGAUUUACCACAUGCAGCAUCUGUUUCAGAAAUUUGUGAAGCCAUGAAAUUACAUUCAUUACAUGACAAUCGUAAAUGGUUCAUUCAGGGAUGUUGUGCCAUAACAGGAGAUGGUCUCUAUGAAGGAUUGGAUUGGGUGGUUGCUGCAUGUACGGGUCAAGAUAAGAAGAGUGGUGGAAUUUCUCAUAGUUUGAAAGCAACAUUGGAAAAUCGAGAGGAGGAAGAAGAAGAACAACAUCUCUACCUCGAUACAAGUUAUGCAGAAAUGCCCUCACCUUAUUUUGGAAAACUUGAGUUUAUUGCAUAA